AUCCACCCUCUCGCCUGUAAUUAUUUGUUAUUUAUUUGUUGACUCGACUCGGACCGGAAUCGAAUCCAUGCAACUAGCCUACGGUAGGCCUUCGGCAUAGAAGAGACUAGCCAGCUACCGGCUUGAGAUGAAUAGUGCUCGUCGAGCACUCUCCUGUGAAUUGGAGAGACCAGAGUCGAGUUGCUUCUCUUGUCAUCUAAUUUUCACAAACUUUUGUCAUACUUCUUGGUGUGGUCUCUGGAAGGGUAUCCUCACCAUCGUUAGCUGGCAUUGGCCUAUAGAACAAUGCCACCAUCAACGAGUAGCAAGAAAGAAGCGAUUCCCGGUAGCAGUAGUGGUAGCAAUGCCGCCAGUAGCGGUGGCACAGUAGCUACCCGUGGUAAGAAGAAGACCAAAACUGUGAAGAGGUUGUGGCUUCCGUGGGAGUUCUGCAAACUGAUCGAGCCGCCGAAUGGCGCUCUUCUCCCUCCGUUUGGCUGCGAGAAGCCGUCCAAUGUGACUGUCGAGGAAAAGCAUGUUAUUGCAACCGAAAGUGAAACCCUGUUUCCGGUCGGUUUCUAUGACAUGACUCCUGCUAAGCGUGGAGUAACAAAGGGGCGAGGCGAUUGGAAGGGUAAGGAGGCUCUGCGCUUAGCUCACUGCUCAGCUGAGAAAAACGGCUGUCGCUUCAAGGCUCGCUUUUGCCGUGUUAUGAGUGGGAUGGAAAUCUUCACUUCGGGAACUCACGAUAUUACGGCACACCUAACCCCUCGCAAAAGAGGCCUGGCCCCUGCUGCUCGAGCUAUUGUGACAAAGUACAAAGAGGAAUCGCAGUCAAAGCUUGUCGAAUGGCUCAAGGACGGAGGCUUGUUGGAUGGUGCCACAAACGAUUUGGAAAAGGUGAAACAGCAAAUUAAACGGCGCAAGAUGACUCUGAAGAGAAAACAGAAACGUGUUAGUGGAUCGUCACGAGUGGAGGGGGGAGAGGAAACUGAUGCAAGCCUUGAAAGCGAUGAAGUGGAAGAGAAUGGCGAAGAGGAGGAAGAAGAUGAUCCCCUGUGCAGCGCCAAGAUCAACAUGUUGCAAGAUGAUUCCUUCGUAUCACUCAUUGACCCACCAGAAAACGUCCACGCUGGUCUCCCCAGGCAUGAAGACUUUCAGUCUGACGAGGAUUAUUAUUCUGAAGGGGUAGCUUUUACGGAGGCCAUCCCAUUCGGAGAUGGCGGGCCCUACUCUCCCACCACCGUCAUGAUCGACGAUGACUCACCUUCUUAUUCUUUUCACUCAAUGUUUGAAACUCCACCCCUUCUUCACGCCAACGAUAUCUUUCCUAGGAAUUCUCACGAGUAUCCUCUCACCCACCUCUCAGACGGCACAACCGCCAGCGAGAAGAGGGAGAAAGCCAUGUCUCCGCCGCCACUCGCUGCUGGUAUGGAUCCAUCUGGCGCAUACUUCCAAGAAGCUGAAGUCUAGUUUCGGGGCGCCCUUUCGGUCGAGCGUGUUGACCUUCUCCCCCAAGUUGCUAAGACGGUAGUUGCCCCAGAGUUUUCACCGUCCCUUCCCUUUGCUUCAUAUCAGUGCAUGCAGUUGACAUCUAUCAAGAAAACCAGAAAAACAAAACCCGAAUAACAUAAUAUAUAGCUGCGCUUUGCAAGCCAAAACUGC